AUGCGUGCGAUUACCUCGGAGGCGCGGGAUUCGGCUCGUCUCCGUCGCUGUUCAAACACUUCAAGAAUCGACAGCCGUCGUUUGAAGCUCGCAGACGUGCCUUCGGAGUUCACAGUCGUCCGGUUGAAGAUCGUCGGCGAUCAGGGGACGAUAAGCGGUAUGUCGACGACUAUAAGCGUUUUCGCGGUGGACAUGCGCACACGUACUGACGAUUACGCGCCAUUCAGCAGCUACUUUUACAAGUCUUGCGGCUACUGUGCGGCAUCUCACUACUCCAGUGCGAGGCAACCGGUUUGCAUUAUUGUGCAUCUGCUGUCAGUUUUGCGGCACACUACUGGCUUUCUCAACAGCCAACUGUUGCAACUAAGGCUGCACCAGGUUGACGGCUUUCAUCAAAUCAGGUUGACGGUUUUCAUUUCGGCGGAUGUCCGCCUUCUCGCGGGCGUAUCUGUUGAUGCAGGCUUAUCCCACGUCAGCAUGUUUCAGUUUCAUCUAAAGUACGUCGUAUGCCACGUGGCGCUGUCGUGA